UCCUCUCCAGUUCCUAAUCUUUUCCAUUACGAAUACACAAGCAGGAGACUUUACAAAGCUGAAUAUUAAGCUGCUGAAAGAAAGAAGGAAAUAUGGCAUCCAGAAGAAUCUCCAAAAUUACUACAGCAUGCGGAAAUGUGGAGAAGAGUACAGGCAAGGACAAAACCCAUCACUGCUCAGACUGUGGGAAGAGUUUUAUUGCAAAGAGUCAUCUCCAGCGACACCAGCGCAUUCACACUGGAGACAAACCGUAUCACUGCACAGACUGUGGGAAGAGCUUUACUCAACAGAGAAGUCUUAAACAACACCAGUUAAUUCACACUGGAGACAAGCCCUAUCACUGCUCGGAAUGUGGGAAAAGCUUUACUAGACAGAUUGGCCUCAAAAAACACCAGCACAUUCACACUGGAGAGAGACCAUAUCACUGCAUGAACUGUGGGAGGAGCUUUACUCAACAGAGUGGUCUUAAACAACACCAGUUAAUUCACACUGGAGAGAAACCGUAUCACUGUUCAGAGUGUGGCAAGAGCUUUAAUCUUCAGGGUAACCUCAAAAAACACCAGCGCAUUCACACUGGAGAGAAACCGUAUCACUGUUCAGAGUGUGGCAAGAGCUUUAAUCUUCAGAGUAACCUCAAAAAACACCAGCGCAUUCACACUGGAGAUAAACCGUAUCACUGCCCAGAGUGUGGAAAAAGUUUUACUCAAGAGAGUGGUCUCAAAGAACACCAGCUCAUUCAUACAGAGGAAAAACCGUAUCAAUGCUCAGACUGUGGGAAGAGUUUCACCAAAAAGGGUCUUCUCCAGCAACAUCAGCGCAUUCACACUGGAGAGAAACCGUAUCCCUGCUUACAGUGUGGCAAGAGCUUUAAUCAACAGAGUAUUCUUAAAAUACACCAGCGCAUUCACACUGGAGAGAAACCGUAUCACUGCUCAGAGUGCGGCAAAAGUUUUAAUCGACAGAGUAACCUCAAAAAACACCAGCGCAUUCACACUGGAGAGAAACCCUAUCACUGCCCAGAGUGUGGAAAAACUUUUACUCAACAUAGUGGUCUCAAAGAACACCAGCUCAUUCAUACAGAGGAAAAACCGUUUCACUGCUCAGACUGUGGGAAGAGUUUCACCAAAAAGCGUCUUCUCCAGCAACACCAGCACAUUCACACUGGAGUAAAACCAUAUUACUGCUCAGAGUGUGGGAAGAGUUUUACUGGAAUGAGUGGCAUCCGAACACACCAACUUAUUCACACUGGAGAGAAACCGUAUCACUGCUCAGAGUGCGGCAAAAGCUUUAAUCAACAGAGUAUUUUUAAAACACAUCAGCGCAUUCACACUGGAGAGAAACCGUAUCACUGCUCAGAGUGCGACAAAAGCUUUAAUUGUCAGAGUAUUCUUAACAGACACCAGCGCAUUCACACUGGAGAGAAAUCAUAUCUCUGUUUAGAGUGUGGCAAGAGCUUUAAUCUUCAGAGUAACCUCAAAAGGCACCAGCGCAUUCACACUGGAGAAAAACCGUAUCACUGCUCACAGUGUGGCAAAAGCUUUAAUCGACAGAGCAACCUCAAAACACACCAGCGCAUUCACACUGGAGAAAAACCGUAUCACUGCUCACAGUGUGGCAAAAGCUUUAAUCGACAGAGCAACCUCAAAACACACCAGCGCAUUCACACUGGAGACAAAACCCAUCACUGCUCAGACUGUGGGAAGAGUUUUAUUGCAAAGAGUCAUCUCCAGCGACACCAGCGCAUUCACACAGGAGAGAAACCGUAUCACUGCACAGACUGUGGGAAGAGCUUUACUCAACAGAGAAGUCUUAAACAACACCAGUUAAUUCACACUGGAGACAAGCCCUAUCACUGCUCGGAAUGUGGGAAAAGUUUUACUAGACAGAUUGGCCUCAAAAAACACCAGCACAUUCACACUGGAGAGAGACCAUAUCACUGCAUGAACUGUGGGAGGAGCUUUACUCAACAGAGUAUUCUUAAAACACAUCAGCGCAUUCACACUGGAGAGAAACCGUAUCCCUGCUUACAGUGUGGCAAGAGCUUUAAUCAACAGAGUAUUCUUAAAAUACACCAGCGCAUUCACACUGGAGAGAAACCGUAUCACUGCUCAGAGUGCGGCAAAAGUUUUAAUCGACAGAGUAACCUCAAAAAACACCAGCGCAUUCACACUGGAGAGAAACCCUAUCACUGCCCAGAGUGUGGAAAAACUUUUACUCAACAGAGUGGUCUCAAAGAACACCAGCUCAUUCAUACAGAGGAAAAACCGUUUCACUGCUCAGACUGUGGGAAGAGUUUCACCAAAAAGCGUCUUCUCCAGCAACACCAGCACAUUCACACUGGAGUAAAACCAUAUUACUGCUCAGAGUGUGGGAAGAGUUUUACUGGAAUGAGUGGCAUCCGAACACACCAACUUAUUCACACUGGAGAGAAACCGUAUCACUGCUCAGAGUGCGGCAAAAGCUUUAAUCAACAGAGUAUUUUUAAAACACAUCAGCGCAUUCACACUGGAGAGAAACCGUAUCACUGCUCAGAGUGCGACAAAAGCUUUAAUUGUCAGAGUAUUCUUAACAGACACCAGCGCAUUCACACUGGAGAGAAAUCAUAUCUCUGUUUAGAGUGUGGCAAGAGCUUUAAUCUUCAGAGUAACCUCAAAAGGCACCAGCGCAUUCACACUGGAGAAAAACCGUAUCACUGCUCACAGUGUGGCAAAAGCUUUAAUCGACAGAGCAACCUCAAAACACACCAGCGCAUUCACACUGGAGAAAAACCGUAUCACUGCUCACAGUGUGGCAAAAGCUUUAAUCGACAGAGCAACCUCAAAACACACCAGCGCAUUCACACUGGAGUAAAACCAAAUGAGCAACCAUCUUGUUCUGGAUGAACUGAUCUAUUAUCAAUUAUCAAAUGUGGUAUAUUAUUCAAAUACUGUAUCAUCCUGUUCCUCUGGAGUGCACCUCACUGCUCACAGACAAAUUUUCCAUAAUGCACAUACCGGUCAUGUGACUACUACCUCCACCAGUCAGAACUUAUCUGCUCACAGUCACCUGAGUACUGAUUUAGCACACCUGUAUAUAAGUUUAUUUAAGCAAAAGUUCCUUGUAAUGAAUUGUAUUGGUUUUAACAGUGUACACAGAGUGUUUAUUUGAUUGUUUCUGAUUCUAUUACCGUUACUAACCU